UAUACUUACAGCUAUUGAGUCUCCUUGUUCUGAACAUCCCUGGAGACACUCUGAUGUCAGUAGAAGUCUCUCACAUUCAGAAAGGAUCUCUGUUUGCUGAAGACCAGCAAAUGUGAGGUGAUUUGAAAGAACUCAGCGAUCUAGAGGAAUUGAGACAUUCAUUCCAAACAGCUAUGGACAAACUAGUGAAAGAUAUUGAGCUUACAUUACAGGAAACCCAGAAUAAUGGUAACAAGAGGCACAAGAAGCAGCAACAAGUGAAGAUGCAGGGUGCCAUGAGAGACAUACCAACAUCAUAUUUCAUCUCAGACAAUACAACUGAGAACAUGGAUGCUAGGAGUCAUAUGGCACACUUGGAUGUGAUGGGAAGAGCAAGUACUUUGCAGUCUGAAGUAUCCACCAGUGUGGAAGAACAGAAAGAGCUUUGCUACAUGCAGGUCACUGCUGCUGACAUUGAACUUCAGAGGAUGUGGUGCAAUUUUAUGCUGGCUGAACAGAAAUAUGAACAUGAGGAUAGUGACAAACAAAGGCUUCAUGAAGAGAGAAUGGCCCGGAUUCAUCAACAGUUUAGACAAGGACUCCAAGACCGGCUCCUGCCUCCAAACCAAAGUGUUUUGUUUUUCUUAUACUGCUUCACCUUUAUAUUUAUUAUUUACUUAGUAAAAGACCUGGUCUUUUACUUUUUCCAAAACCAUCACCAGUUCUCUUUUGCUAUUGUCCUCUUUCUCAUUCUCAAAGGGAUUUUCCAGGAUUAAAAAUCUAGGACAAAUGUGCUCUUAAAAGAGAUAGAAUAUUGUUCAUUUCUCUGCCCCUGAUCUUACUGUUUUUUUUUUAUCCACACCAACAAAUAGUUACACAAAACUAACUGACUUCCUGAAGAAAACUGGAAAUGGAUGACAUGAUUUGACAUCACAUUGUCUUUACAAAUAAAAUAAGAAGUCUCCUUUGGACAUGUUUUAUUUUUUUUCC